CCUGAAGUGUAUCUGUACUUGUGUGCACUGAUAACCUGAGAGUCUUUCACUCUAUCUAAAUCACUGUGCAGCUAGUUACUGAGACUGUCAUUAGAACUCGUACUACAUACAGUAUGGCGUUGCUAGGGUUUGUGAUGCUACUGUGCAUACUGGGGGCUCAAGCCACGCUGGACCAUCGAUUGGUUGAAGCUGCUGCCAUGGCAUCGGGACUGUGUCAGACCAAACCUACUGACCUGGUGUUCAUUAUUGACAGCUCUCGGAGUGUGCGGCCUUCCGAGUUCGAGCAGGUCAAGGUGUUCCUUAAUAAAAUAAUAGACGGUCUGGAUGUGGGUCCCGAUGCCACACGUGUGAGUGUUGUGAACUAUGCCAGCAGGGUGAAGAAUGAAGUGUCACUGAAGUCCUACAAGACAAAGCCUGCACUGAUCAAGGCGGUAUCCAAAAUCGAGCCGCUCUCCUCUGGCACUAUGACUGGCUUGGCUAUCCAGUUUGCUAUGAACGUGGCCUUCAGUGAAGCAGAGGGUGCGCGAACCAAAUCCCCUGGUAUCAGCAAGGUAGCAAUCAUUGUGACAGAUGGGCGGCCACAGGACAAUAUCCGUGACAUUGCAGCCAAGGCACGGGACUCAGGCAUUGAGAUAUAUGCCAUCGGUGUGGGCCGAGUGGACAUGAACACGCUCAGGCAGAUAGCCAGUGAGCCUUUGGAUGAGCACACUGAUUAUGUGGAGAGCUACAGCUUCAUCGAGAAGCUCACCCAGAAGUUCAAGGAAGCCUUUUGUGUGUCCGACUUGUGCGCAACAGGUGAUCAUGACUGUGAGCACAUUUGCAUCAGUGUACCUGGAUCGUUCAAGUGUGCCUGCCGGGAGGGCUACACACUCAGGGAAGAUGGCCGUUCCUGCAGCGCCUGCAGUGAUGCUGCCACAGAUGUGGUCUUCCUGAUUGAUGGAUCAAAAAGUGUAAGGCCAGAAAACUUUGAGCUGGUAAAGAAGUUUAUCAACCAGAUGGUGGACAAGCUGGAUGUGUCAGAGAGAAACGUUCAUGUGGGUCUGGUGCAGUACUCUAGUGCUGUCAAACAGGAGUUUUCUCUUGGAAAGUACAACAACAAGAAAGACGUCAAGGAGGGCGUGAGGAAGAUGGACUACAUGGAGCGUGGAACCAUGACUGGACAGGCUCUCAACUUCAUGGUGGAAAAAAGCUUUAGUACCGGCCAUGGUGCUAGGCCUGGGGCAGCCAAGGUGGGCAUCGUCUUCACUGACGGCAGGUCACAAGACUACAUUGGAGAUGCUGCAAAGAAGGCCAAGGACAACGGCUUUAAGAUGUAUGCUGUAGGAGUUGGAAACGCAGUCGAAGACGAGUUGAAGGAAAUCGCCUCAGAACCUGGAAACUAUUUCUAUACUGCUGACUUCAAAGCCAUGAACGAGAUCGGCAAAAAGCUGCAAAUCAACACUUGUCCAGUACCUGAGAAUCCCUGCGAAUGUCAGUCUCUUACAAAGUUCCAGAAAAAAGUGGAGGAGGCACUCCAGGCAUUAUCAAAGAAAUUGGAGGCAAUAACAAAGAGGAUCUCUGCCCUGGAAAACAAAAUUGUGUGAGAGAUGAGCGCUCUGCUCGUCUCAACUUCUCACCAUUUCACUCACUACUGCUGAGUCACCUCCUGUGACGUCUGUCUCCUCUCGCUGCCUUUCUCUUCAGUUUUCUCUCUAGGUCUGCUUUAAAUCACUAUAUUUCCCAGGGCUGAAGCAGUGAUCAUCAAGGUGUUUUUAUUUAUACGUGAUUUCACUUUCACAGGGAAGAGAUAUGUGCAUGUUCAAUACAAAACUAUUACUCCCUGAUGAAAGUGUUAUAUUUAAAAAUUAAUAGAAAACAUGGGUGCUAUUCAAACAUCAGCCUCUACCAUCUUAAUGCAAUUUUCCUCUUUUACCACAAGCUGUUUUUGUAAAUCUAUCUCUCACUCGUUCUUCUAUCUGCCAGUGACUUCUUCUUUUACUUUAACUUGUGACCAAACAAAACAAUAUACUGGAUUUUAUAUAGAUAUAUAUAUAUAUAUAAUAUUAAUUUAAUAUAAAUUCUGACUUGAAAUAAAUAUGUGAAUGCUUGUUUCCUUUCUUGAAAAAAAAACAGCAAGGAGAUAAGAUAUUAAAUUACACAACACACACAUACACUAAAACUUAAAAACACACACUAGACAAGCAUUUUAAGAUCUAACUGCUUGUUAUAAUUCAAUAAAAAUCUGUUGUGUUUGUCUUA